GAGACCUCGGCGGAGAGGAAGAGAGAGAGAGGGGAGGAGAGCUCCGUCUCUCCCGGUGCACUUGGCAGUCUAGUUGCGGGCUGCUGUGCUGUUGCUGUCGUGGCGUGGCUGGUCGCGCCAGGCGGGGAACUUCACCACACUGGAGCCCGGAGUCCCACUCUCUCACCUGCGCAGUUCGGAGCUGCCAUGGGUCUCUCGCCUGGAUUUACUGUCCUAAUUAUUCUACCGGCCUUUCUGCUGCACACCAGCGGCCUUUACAUCGCCAGUAGCGUUGACUCCCUGCAGCAUGUCCUGGGGGAGUAUGGACUGGUGAGGCCGAUCAGUGUGGACGCAGAGGGCCGCUUCCUGUCACACGCCGUCUCGGCUGGUCGCAUGGCAGGUGGACAGCCCCGUAGGCGCCGGAGGAGGGAGGUAGGAGUAGGCAAUGAUGAGUGGGAAGAACCAAGAGGAGAACCCGUGGCCUAUCGGGAAAGGCUUUUCUACAACGUCACUAUCUUCGGCCGGGAGUUCCACCUGCGCCUGCACCACAAUGCCAGGCUGGUGGCCCCCGGAGCCAAGAUGGAGUGGCGUGAUGACAGCGACAGCACCCGGCACUCUGAGCCACUGCACGAUGAAUGCUUGUAUGUAGGUGACAUCACAGACACACCAGGGGCCACUGUAGCCAUCAGCAACUGUGACGGCCUGGCUGGUAUGAUCAGGAUGGAGCAAGAGGAGUUUUUUAUCGAGCCUGUGGAGAGGGGCGAUGGAGUCAUAGAAGAGGAGGAGGCUGAGGGAGGUGGAGGAGGAAGGACGCACAUCGUCUAUCGCUCCUCAGCCGUAAAGAAAGCGCCCAUCAGCAGCACAGCGGCAGACUACCACUCCAGAGGUGCUGAUCUCGGUGGUCUGAUGGAUCUAGAGUCCCUGUACCGCGGUGUGGAGCAGAGCAUCAAUCACACGCGAGCGGGGCGAAUGCGCAGACAGAGCCUGGACAGGGCCUACAACAUCGAGGUGCUGCUGGGCGUCGACGACUCUGUGGUCCAGUUUCACGGAAAGGAGCAUGUACAGAAGUACCUGCUCACCCUCAUGAACAUAGUGAAUGAGAUCUACCAUGACCAGUCUUUGGGAGCAAAGAUCAAUGUGGUGCUGGUGCGGAUUAUCAUGCUUGGCUACGGCAAGUCUAUGAGUCUGAUUGAACUGGGGAACCCAUCUCAGAGUCUGGAGAAUGUGUGUCGCUGGGCCUUCCUGCAGCAGAAGCAGGAUACAGGGGACGCCGAGUAUCACGACCACGCCAUCUUCCUCACACGACAGGAAUUUGGCCCCACGGGCAUGCAGGGUUACGCCCCAGUGACGGGCAUGUGCCAUCCGGUAAGGAGCUGCACUUUGAACCAUGAGGAUGGUUUCUCCUCUGCCUUUGUGGUGGCGCACGAGACCGGACACGUGCUGGGGAUGGAGCACGAUGGCCAGGGGAACCGCUGCGGAGAUGAGGUGCACAUGGGCAGCAUCAUGGCUCCGCUGGUGCAAGCUGCCUUCCACCGCUUUCACUGGUCCAGAUGUAGCAUGCAAGAGCUUGGACGCUACCUCCAUUCCUAUGACUGUCUCCGUGACGACCCCUUUGACCACAACUGGCCAUCGCUGCCUCAGCUUCCUGGUUUGCACUACUCCAUGAAUGAACAGUGUCGCUUUGACUUCGGUGUGGGCUACACCAUGUGCACCGCGUAUCGCACAUUUGAUCCAUGUAAGCAGUUGUGGUGUAGCCACCCAGACAAUCCCUUCUUCUGCAAGACCAAGAAAGGACCACCUAUUGAUGGGACCAUGUGUGGGAAUGGGAAGCAUUGCUUUAAAGGUCACUGCAUCUGGCUGACCCCUGACAUCAUAAAGCAAGAUGGAAACUGGGGUACGUGGAGCGAGUUUGGCCAGUGCUCCCGCACCUGUGGUGGAGGAGUACAGUUUCGCACACGCGACUGUGACAAUCCUAGACCAGCCAACGGAGGACGUACCUGCGUGGGGGCAACUUAUCAGUUCCAGAUGUGCAACACCAACGAGUGUGAGGAUAUCUACAGUGACACACGAGAGGAGCAAUGCCACGCUUGGGACCCUCGCUUUGAACUCCACAGCAACAAGCACCACUGGCUGCCUUAUGAACACCCAGACCCUAACAAACGCUGCCACCUGCAUUGUCAGUCCAAGGAGACAUGGGAUGUGGUCUUCAUGCAGAGAAUGGCCCUGGACGGCACACGCUGCUCCUACAAGGACCCUCACAGUGUGUGUGUGCGUGGAGAGUGCGAGAAAGUAGGCUGUGACGGCGUGGUCGGCUCCUCAAAGCAGGAAGACAAGUGUGGAGUGUGUGGAGGAGACAACUCCAGCUGCAAAACCUUCAAAGACACCAUCACACGUACCGCCAAGAAACAAGGUUUCCUCAAAGUUCUUGAAAUCCCCAGAGGAGCGAGACACUUACUGAUCCAAGAACUGAAAGCAACCUCACACACUUUAGCUGUAAAGAACGUGGCAUCAGGACUCUUCUUCUUGAACGGGGAAAAUGACUACCCAGAAUCCCACUCGGUCAUAGAGAAGGGUGUGGAAUGGGAAUAUGAGAAUGACAAUGACAAGGAGACACUUCAGACCACUGGUCCUCUAAGACAUGGAAUUCUGAUCAUGAUGAAACUACAUGGAGAUGAGGAUGUAAAUUUGUCUUAUAAGUACAUGAUGAACAUGGACAGUGACUCUGCCAUCCAGAACAACAUGCUGGUAGAAGACAGUGCCUACGAGUGGGCUCCAAAGAGAUGGUCCUACUGCUCCAAGCCCUGCGGUGGAGGGAAACAGUACCUGCGAUACGGCUGCAGAAGGAAAGUUGACAGUAAGAUGGUCCACAAGAGCUUCUGUAACAAAUCCAACAUGAAACCAAGAGGAGACACCAGAGACUGCAACCAGAAGCCCUGCCCGCCACCCAUUUGGGUGACAGGGGAGUGGCAGAACUGCAGCAAACCAUGUGGAAAGACAGGGAUGCAAAUCCGCUCGGUCAGCUGUGUCCAGCCGUCAGAUGACAACACCACACGCUCCAUCCACAAUAAACACUGCAACGACAACCGGCCCGAGACUCGCAGACCCUGCAACAGACACUCAUGCCCCACCCAGUGGAGAGUCGGACCGUGGUCACAGUGCUCAGUGACAUGUGGGAAUGGGACCCAGCAGAGGCAGGCUCUGUGCCACACCAGAGACAACACCAUUGGCCUGUGUCUGGACAGUAAGCCUGACACCAUCAGAGUCUGUCGCCUGGAUCCAUGCCCCAAGGGCUCAUCAGACCUCAACAAGAACGGCAACAUCCUGAUCCAGUGGCUGUCUCGCCCCAACCCCAACUUCCCGAAGAUCUCCUCACGCCAGCGUUGUCAUGGAGACCGCUCAAUGUUCUGUCGUAUGGAGGUGCUGAAGCGCUACUGCUCUCUACCGGACUUCCAGCGCAUGUGCUGCAAGUCCUGCAGCAAUGUCACCAUCACAGAGCUUCUAUCCAACUCCACCUCCAGAUCCACCCCCAUCACCUCCAUCCGGCCCAGUGUAACAGCUCUUCCACCCACCAGCACCUUUAGCUCUGGCUUCACCACCAUCCAACCCACCACAGCUGUCAUUGCCUCCAUUUCAGCUUCUACUAUCAAUGCCAGGACCACCACACAUCUUCCUACCUUCACCACUGCUGCUCUUCAUUCCACCCCUUCCACACUAAGUGCUACACACAUUAUCACCACUCCAGCUGCCACCAGUGCUCCUGUCCUCCCCACUACCUUUUCCAUGGCAACCACUUCAGUUAUUAAAACCUCUCCCAGUGUUACUGGUCGUCCCCUCCCUCUGCCUGCCCCAGACAUAAACGAGAGCACAGAUCUACAGUUACAGAGCACUACAAAUAGUCCAACAACAUCUGGUAUGAUAACUACUGUACACCUUCCAGCAACUACCCGUCCAACUAUGACAAAUUCAACAGGAAGCAGUACAAAAACCCUGCUAAAAUCCAAGCCCAAAAAGAAUAUUCCGCCAAAGAAAAAGCCCAAAAAGGUGAUUCCACCGAAGCUCAAUCCAAAAAAGAAUACUGCGCUAAAAAAUACAACAAGAAAGGAUGUUCCACCAAAGAUCAAUCCCAAAAAAAAAGCAAACACUACUCCCAAAAAGACUAGUCCGCCAAACACUACUCCCAAAAAGACUACUCCGGCAAAAAACACUCCCAAAAAGACUACUCCGGCAAAAACCACUCCCAAAAAGACUACUCCGGCAAAAAAUACUCCCAAAAAGACUACUCCGGCAAAAACCACUCCCAAAAAGACUACUACAGCUAAAAAUACUCCCAAAAAGACUACUCCAGCUAAAAAUACUCCCAAAAAGACUACUCCAGCUAAAAAGACUCCCCAAAAGACUCCCCCUAUAAAGACCACUCUUAAAAAGACUACUCCUGAGAAAAAAAACAAACCCACACCGAAAAAGGAGGCUCCACCAAAGGCCAAUCCCAAAAAGAACACUCAUCCAAAUGCAAAAGUUACAAAGCAAACACAAACAAAGACAAAUCCUCAAAAGAAACCAAAACCAGGGCCCAAAAAUGCCACAAACACUCAGGCAAAAAAGAUUAAGAAAACACUUACAACAUCAUUAUAUUAUACUACAACUCCCACUCCAUAUACAAGUCCAGAACAACUGAGAGAGCCCUUUUCUUCCACUAUCUCAUCCAGCACUAGUGUAUAUGGGACUGCUGCAGGCAUGCCUUUCCCAGAGUCCAGAAUCAAUGUCACAUACAUCAGUAACAACACAGCAACUACAGAUGAAACCCCACUGUGGUAUCAUGAUACUUUAGCCACAACGCCCACCACUUCUGAUGAUCUUGUAGCUCCAACUGGAACCGUUCAUUUUGAAGAUGUUAACAUGCAUAGUGGAACUAGGCCAUAUAGUGAUGGCACAAUGACGAGCAGCGGUGAUGUCACAGUAACCAGUGGGACCAUUCUAAGUGGCGAUGACAUAACAGUGUCCUACAGCAAUGUGGGAGUCAUCAGUGACACCAUGGUGCUGGACGACGGUCUCACCAUGGUGAUCCCGACCAUCAACAGUGAGGACAUGACAGACCUUGCUUCCUCACCCUGGCUGGACCUGUCUGAGUACAUCCCCAUGAGCAUCUCAGUUCCCACGCCGACCUCAGACCCCGCCACAGCCUCACCUCCUGCAACAGCCUCACCUCCUGCCACCGUCACUCCGACAACAGAAAAACCAGCCAUCACAACCAUCACCACCUCUACUGUAGGACCUCAGCGAAGACCAGAGACCAGUGAGAAUAACUCCAUCGAUGUAAUAUACAACAGGAUCAUCGGCGUGGACAACGAUAUCUCCCAGAACAAUCUGAUCCCAAAGCGUCGGGUCAACCUCCGAGAGAGAACCAGGAACAAACGCAUUCAGGAGCUUCUGGAGGAGAAGCGGAACUUUCUCCUCAGGAUGAAGAGAGGCCAUGCAGUAUGAUGGACCAAGCAUUCUCAUUUCUCUUAUAGAGAUGAAUGUUUUUAUUUUACAGACUUUUGUAAGUCCCUGUUUAAGCCCCUCUGACCCGCCAUGAUGCUUUCUAUCAGGCCUUUCCACAAAAAAAACAAGUACAAAGUCUAUGUCAUAUCACUAUCAUGACAAUCAGGACUGUUGCAGAGAGAGAAUAUCAUGGCCAAAUGUUUGAACAGUUGCUUUGAAUAAAGAAAAGCCCUUUAGAGCACAGACUGGUGCGGAUUUGAAGCAAAUCGCCUCGCCUGUGUAAACACAAUAAUGAGAAACAGAAGGGAUGAAAAGUGUGCAUCCAGUUUGACCAGCACUUUACAAAGCCAAGCUUCUAUCCCCCAAACCACCCACAGUCUUGUUUGAGGAUUCAAUAAUGAUGUAGAUAAGGCGUAAUGUAGUUUGUAAAAUCGUAUUAUCCCUACUGGCACUUAUGGAGCAACAAAAUCUACCACCUACAAUCCAAAUCCACAUCUCCAUAUUAUAUUACAGCCCAGGACUGCAGCUUAUUUCCCCACAAACACAUGUUAAUACCUCUCAGCUCCCAAGACAAGAUAAAAAUGUCUCCUUUUUAAGUGGCCAGCACUCUAAAUACCCUAUACACACUGCAGAUUGGAGCUUCUGGAGGCAUGGAAGCUAUAUGGUAAUGUUAUACAAUCAGAAAGUCAAAGUUUCCUUUUGGUUUAAUUAAAUUGUGGAAGUUUACACUGCUUGGACUGUGUUGCCUUUUCCAAAGCAAACGUCUGUCUGACUGUACGGCAUCUCUCAUCUCUCAGGAAGUUAUGAUACAGAAUGGAAGACUGGCGAGGGACAAACACUUGGUGCUUCCUGAAUUGUGAUGAUAUAUUUUAAUAUCUCAUUAAGCCAGGUGAAAAAACAGAAUAACUGAACAGAAACAUUUAAUUGCAUUUUUCUUUUUCUUUUUUUAACAGUGGGUCAAAUAUGGUGCUUUUUUUUAUCAGUGUUGCUAUAAGCAAUACCAUUCAUUUAUGUACAAAAAAAACAAAAAUAUAAUAAAUAAAAUAAACAAGCCUGUUUGUAUUAACUGUAUCCAAGGACACUCUUUGAGGGCCAGUUUAUUUUGUUUUCUAAAAGUUUUAUUAUUGGUACAUCUCUAACUUGCAGCAGCUGCAAAAGUACCUAUGGAUCUUUCUGUACGAUAUCUGUACAUAUGAAAAAGAACUUAAUGUUUAAUAUUUAUUAAAGUUUAAGUGCCUUUGGUAUUUUGCAGAC